AUGGUUGGGAAUUGGGAGAAGCGUGGAGGGCGCAAGCACUCAGAAUCAUCUUUUCUCCCUUUUCGAAGAAUGCUAGAUGAUUGUGGUUUACUGGACUUUCCCUUUAAAGGAAACUCAAUGUCAUGGGUUGGAUAUAGAAAAUGUGGUAAAAUCCAAUGCAAACUAGACAGAGCAAUGGGGAAUGAAGAUUGGCACCAUGAAUUUUCCCACACAAAUGUGGAGUACUUAAAGCUGUGGGGAUCAGACCAUAGACCCAUUCUUGUUCGCAUCUUAUCAAAACCUGCUAGUGUAAAAAGAUGUUUCAAGUUCGAUAAGAGAUGGCUCGAUAAGGAUGGCUUGAAAAACACAAUAAAGGAAGGAUGGAGCACAACGGACAUCUCGGACCUGGGAGAUGUUCACAAAAAAGUCCAAGCAUGCCGUCGAGCUAUCUCACGCUGGAAAAAAACGAACCAAUCCAACUCUAUAAAAAAAAUCGAAGAAAUCAAAAAUCUCCUGGAACAGGCACAGACAAAUGACAAUAUGACAAGUGAGGAAGUCUUACAACUCAAAUGGGACUUAUGCUCAGCCUUCCGGGACGAAGAAUUAUACUGGAAACAGAAGAGUAGAGUUACAUGGCUUCGUGAGGGAGACAUGAACACCAAAUUCUUCCAUGCUACAACCAAGCAACGGCGGGCUCGAAAUCGUAUUACAAAGCUGAAACGGAGUGACGGGACCUGGGCGGAAACAGAAGACGACAUUGAACAUGUAGCGACUGCCUACUUUCAAAAUCUUUUUACGUCGUCUCAACCAGCCGACUUCGACGAGGCACUCCGGUAUGUUACCGCGCAGGUUACAACAGAUAUGAAUCAAGCUCUUACAAAGCCUCCUACAAACGAAGAGAUUAAACAGGCCAUAUAUGAUAUUAACCCUGAGAAAGCACCGGGUCCUGACGGGAUGACAAGCGUGUUCUAUCACAAAUUCUGGGAGGUAACUGCCAAAGAUGUAAUCGCAAUGGUACAGGAAUUUUUUUCCUCUGAAGCCUUGGAUGCACGUCUAAACCAGACAAACAUCUGCCUAAUCCCAAAGACAGAGAGACCGAAAGAUAUGUCAGAAUUCCGGCCCAUAAGCCUUUGCAAUGUCAGCUACAAGAUCAUUUCAAAAAUCCUAUGUAGAAGGCUGAAGAGAUUCCUCCCGAAGCUCAUCUCGGAGACACAGUCUGCCUUUGUGGCAAAGAGAUUAAUCACAGAUAACAUUCUUAUAGCUCAAGAGGCCUUCCAUGCGCUCCGCACGAACCCAAGUUGCAAGACAAAAUUCAUGGCAGUCAAAACAGAUAUGAGUAAAGCUUACGACAGAGUGGAAUGGACCUUCUUAGAGGCUUUGAUGCUCAAGAUGGGUUUCUCGGAAAAAUGGGUUUCAUGGAUACGAGCCUGCAUAUCAUCUGUCUCAUACCAAGUUCUUCUAAACGGAGAAGCAAAAGGUCACAUUAACCCUACAAGGGGCUUAAGACAAGGCGAUCCACUCUCUCCAUUCCUGUUUAUCAUACUCAUGGAGGCCUUGGUAGCUCAACUAAAGGGAGCUGAAGAAGAAGGACGCAUAACAGGACUUAAGAUAGCACGAAACUGCCCAGCUAUCUCACACCUACUCUUUGCGGACGAUAGUCUGUUCUUUUGCAAAGCUGAAGUCCAGCAGUGUGCUGAGUUAAUAAAGAUCAUCAAUACAUAUGGUCAGGCAUCAGGUCAACAGCUGAACACAGCGAAAUCAUCAGUUUUUUUCGGCAACAAGGUCCCAAAUGACCUAAGGACGGAACUAAAACGAACCCUCGGUAUAUCACGAGAUGGGGGCAUGGGAAUAUACCUUGGUCUACCUGAAAAAAUAAGCGGAUCCAAAAAGCAAGUGUUUUCCUUCAUCCAGGACAGGUUAAGCCAAACUUCUGUCCAAAGGAGGGAAAGAGGUCCUUAUCAAAUCUGUAGCUCAAGCCUUGCCUACUUAUGUGAUGUCUUGCUUUCUCUUACCACAAGAUAUUAUCAAAAAGUUACAAGGAGCAAUCUCUAA